AAAAAUGAAGAGUUUUUUUAUUUAAAUAAAUUUUGUUAUUUGUCUUUGUAAAUUUAAUCAGUAAAAGGUUUAACAAAUAAACAAUAUAAAAUCAUCCUUUUUUGGCAGUUUAGAGUUUUUAAAAAGUAGUAAUUGAAAAAAACUCAUUGAGAAAGAUUGUCUUCAACUCCAGAUUUUUUGUUUUUUAGAUGAAUAGUAUAAAAUCUUGUUGGAUGUUUGCAGAGUCCAUAAAUAUUUUAAAAUUUUCUGUUUAUAAACAUUGUUGGAAACAAUUAUAUAAUAAAAGCUUGUUAAAGAAUAUUUUACUAUGUCAUACCAGGACUUUUACUGAUUCAAAAAUUUUUAGCCAUAAAAGUGGGAUUAGUGCUGAUUCUGAAAAUACUACAGUUAAUGUGACAUAUAUUGAUCGUGAUAAUAAUCAUAUUGCUGUUAAAGGGAAAGUUGGUGACAAUGUUUUGUACUUAGCUCAUCAGAAUAAUAUUGAUUUAGAAGGAGCAUGUGAGGCUUCUUUAGCAUGUUCAACGUGUCAUGUGUAUGUAGAUAAUGACUUUCUUGAUAAGCUGGAUAAACCUCUGGAAGGAGAGGAAGACAUGUUAGAUAUGGCUCCAUUUUUACAAGAUAACUCUCGACUUGGCUGUCAAAUAAUUUUAAAAAAAGAGCUGGAUGGUAUAACUUUUCAGCUUCCGAAGGUGACAAGAAACUUUUAUGUUGAUGGUCAUGUGCCAAAACCACAUUAAUUUUUUUAUGUUUUAUGAUUGCAUUAUUGCAAUCAUAGCAUUAAAUUAAAAGAAAUUCUUUCAGCAAAUAUGCCUGUUUUCAUUAUAUAUAAUGCAUUACCUUAAAAUAUUUGAUGGAUGAAAAUCUGAAAUAAAUAAAGAGAAACCUUGUAGGAUUAAUAUUUGUUUUUUAUUUAUUCCAAUAAAUGAUGCAAAUCAAUUAUGGUUUUCUAAAUACCAUGUGAAAUAUUGAUUUUAUGAAGUUCUUUUUAUACUCAAUCAAAUGUUAGUGACAAUGUGUGUUCAUAUUAAAAAAAUUGUUAAUGGCUUCUUUUAGAAUAAAAAUUUGUAUUAAUAUUGAUA